UCGCGCCUGAACGCAUCUGGAGCCGUUGGAUCUGAUCCGACGGCUCGGAGGGAAGCUUCGGACAUAAGCUUCGUCAUCCCGACUCCCGAGACACCCCGAUUCCGAAUCCGCGCACCUGGGCGAAGGAGAGACGCCGCGCGAUUCGACUCCACCGCCGCCGCCGCGGGGAAGAAACCCUCGCCGCUCGCCGCCGGCGAUCCGCCACGGGCGCAGAGGGCCUUGCGUAAUGUGCCUAACUGCCUACUAGUUAGUCUCCCGACGCAAGUUGGAACGGUGAAGAGAGCACACAAUUCAAGUUGCUCACCAAUGGAAGGAAUACCAAUUCUCCACAUCAGCGUGGUUGAUUUGUCUGCUCUGAGCUACAACAAGCUGAUGGACGAUAUUGGAGGCCGUUUUCAGCGGAGGGCACACCACAACUUCAGGAAUGUUCCUAUAACAAGCAAUGAGGAGGGGUGGCACAUAAUAUCUCUUGACAUGCCUGAGUCACCAUCUGUUCAGAUACUCAUUGACCAAAGAAAUGCAUAUUUGAUUGCCAUCCGAAAUGGUGCCGGUCAGUGGUUCAACUUCUCUGACACACCAGCCCCUGACAUUUUCAAUGCCCAACCUAUCUUGUACCUGAAAGCAGACUAUGGUCACCUUCUUCAGGACUGGGAUGAGGUUACAGUGGGGCCACCGUCUGUACUUGAUUCAUACUACAGACUACUGAACUUCAACAAUGGUCUUCCGCGUGACCACCCACUUCUUCAUGUCCAAAGGAGAGCAAUUGCACGCUUAGCAGUGAUGUUUUGUGAAGCUGCACGCCUGAGAUCAGUCAGAGCGCUCGUUUCUCACCAAAUGGACCUAUAUAUGAAUGGAACGAUCACAAGCCUCAUUACAAGGAAGAGAAUCACGAGCUGGGACCUGAUUUCUGGAUUUGCAUUACAUUGCUGGAGCCGGGAGCAGGAUGGCAUCGGAGGAUAUCUUCAGACCGAGCUUGACAAACUUCGCCGGAUCGGCAUCUAUGCUGCAAAUCAUGUUGCGGGCGAACCAGAUGGUGAGUUGCUGCUCAUCCUUUACAGACAAGACGUGUUCGCUAACCUGCAACAGCCUGCGCAGCAACAGCAGUGACUGUAAGUAAGUAGUACAAAGAGAUCUCACUUUUGCAAGCCAAGCGAGCAAUCUAAGUGUCAAAGUAGCUUGAUGGAUCAGAACAGUUUUUCGAGGGAGGAUGAAUUAGUUACUGCACUUUCAGCAAUGCCUCUUUUGAGGGAGAUGGAUCGAUCGGCCUAAUUAACCCAAUGAGUGGGGGGGGGGGGGGGGGGGAGUCUCCCUUCUCGUUCUUGCUGUUUUUUUUUUCUCUUCAUAUUUUCGGUUUAUCUGCUGUUUUUAGCUGUACUACAAUGGAUCAGGAGCAGUAGUACGUACUUCAGUUAAUCAGAAGCUCAUUAGGAAGAAUGAUGUGUAUUGCUGUGGUUUUGGAUUUGGACGAGCGAUCCUGAAUGUGCCAGUCAACUUUCGUUCUGAACAGACAGGAGUGUAGGAAUGCAGUUCUACAUACUUUUGGCGUAACAAUUAAUGGCCAGCACAUUUGAGGCACACGUGUAUGAAUCUAGUUUCGGAUUCUCAA